UCAAUAACCUAACGGAAAAUCGAAUCCUGAGCUGCGGUUGCAGACAACCGGGGUCAGCAUUGCUACUAAAAACUAGCUUGCUAGUGGAGGAUAAGCGGGAGGAUACGGCGUUAAGCAAAAAUGUUAUCCUCGACAUUCCGAACGGCAAUUUCUCAAACGGCUAGACACAUUCGGAGUCUGCAUCAGUCAGCAGUCCGGAGUGGAGGCGGGGGAGCUCUGUUUGUGCACAGAGACACUACAGAUAACAACCCCGAUACCCCUUUUGAAUUCACUCCAGAGAAUCUUGAGAGAAUUGAGGCGAUCAUUAAGAACUACCCAGAGGGACACAAACAAGCUGCUACCAUUCCUGUCUUGGAUCUAGCCCAGAGGCAGCACGGAUGGCUUCCCAUCUCCGCCAUGAACAAGGUAGCGGAGGUGCUGGAGGUGCCCCCUAUGAGAGUGUAUGAAGUAGCCACCUUCUACACAAUGUUCAUGCGCAAACCCAUGGGGAAAUACCACAUUCAGAUCUGCACAACAACACCCUGCAUGCUGUGCGACUCCGACAGUAUCCUAGAGGCCAUCCAGAAGAAACUCGGCAUUAACGUUGGUGAAACUACACCCGACAAACUGUUCACACUAUCGGAGGUGGAAUGCCUUGGAGCGUGUGUCAAUGCACCAAUGGUCCAGAUCAAUGAUAACUAUUAUGAAGACCUUCUUCCUCAGGACAUUGAUCAGAUCCUCGAUGAGCUGAAAGCUGGGAGAGUGCCACUACCUGGCCCCAGAAAUGGGCGUUUCUCUUGUGAACCAGCCGGUGGGUUGACCUCUUUGACAGAGCCCCCCCCUGGACCUGGAUUCGGAGUGAGACCUGAUCUGUAGUGACGUCGUUCCAAAAAUGUAAUCGUCAUGUACUUCACGGGUGUACUCCUCCUCCUCAAAGAUUAGUUUGAGUACAAUGUAAAUAAAAUGUAUUUGGUUAUCUGA